ACGUCGCUGACAGCCAAUCAGAGAGGACGAACCGCACAUUUGCGGCUCGCUCUAAGCUGAGGUUAGAUUGCGCUGAAUAUGAUCUCGCCCGUCCUUUCGCUGCCGUAAUAUUCAGUCGGCGAACUGCUGUGGCGCGCGUGGAGGCGCGUGUGCCCGCCGGCGUUGCGACCGACGGGACGAUCGGCGGAGACGAGACCGGGGGACAGAGCACAUCAAUGAGUCCGAGCAGGUACCGUGAGCGGCGCUGCUGGACGGACCGGGCUGCUCUGGACCGCCGUGGGCUGAGAUGGGCUGCAACUUGUGUGUCGUUCUGGAGACGUCUUACGGUCCAGUUUGAUCGCUGCGCUUAGCGGCCGAUGUCCGCGUUCAACACGUUGCCCGAGAGCGACGCCGGAGCAGGUCACUGGUUCCCCGCGUCCGUCAUUUAGGAUGACGCCUCCUGGUCCCGGCCCGGUCUCCCCCGCGUUCUCUCACCAGCCCAACUGAACCCCCCCCCCCCACCCGUCUCUCCCUCAGUCAGACCAGCGGGCUGCUGCCCCCCCGCGGAGGCCAUGCGACGCUUCGUCUACUGCAAGGUGGUGCUGACCACCUCCUUGGUGUGGGUGCUGGUGGACGUCUUCGUGCUGCUCUACUUCAGCGAGUGUAACAAAUGCGACGACAGGAAGGACCACUCGCUGCUCCCUGCCCUCCGCGCGGUGAUAUCUCGCAGCCACGAGGGCCCCGGGGAGAUGGGAAAGGCGGUGAACGUGCCCAAGGAGGAGCAGGAGAAAAUGAAGGAGCUCUUCAAGAUCAACCAGUUCAACCUGAUGGCCAGCGACAUGAUCGCGCUGAACCGCAGCCUGCCGGACGUGAGGCUGGACGGCUGUAAGACCAAAGUGUACCCUGACGACCUGCCCGGCACCAGCAUCGUGAUCGUGUUUCACAACGAGGCGUGGAGCACCCUGCUGCGCACGGUGCACAGCGCCAUCGCCCGCUCGCCGCGGAGCCUGCUGGUGGAGAUCGUGCUGGUGGACGACGCCAGCGAGCGAGACUUCCUGAAGAAGAAGCUGGAGGAUUAUGUGAAAACCCUGGAGGUGCCCGUGCGGAUCCUGAGGAUGGAGCAGCGCUCCGGUCUCAUCAGAGCCAGGCUGAGGGGAGCGGCUGCCACCAAGGGUCAGGUCAUCACCUUCCUAGACGCCCACUGUGAGUGCACUGCUGGCUGGCUGGAGCCGCUGCUGGCACGCAUCAAGGAGGACAGGACAGCGGUGGUGUGUCCGAUCAUUGAUGUCAUCAGCGAUGAGACCUUCGAAUACAUGGCCGGCUCAGAUAUGACGUACGGCGGAUUCAACUGGAAGCUCAACUUCCGUUGGUACCCAGUUCCACAGCGGGAGAUGGAUCGACGCAAGGGGGACAGAACGCUUCCCGUCAGGACUCCCACCAUGGCAGGAGGGUUGUUCUCUAUAGACAAAACAUACUUUGAAGAGAUCGGAAGCUAUGAUCCAGGGAUGGAUAUCUGGGGUGGAGAGAAUCUGGAAAUGUCGUUCAGAAUCUGGCAGUGCGGCGGCUCUUUGGAGAUCGUGACCUGUUCCCACGUGGGCCACGUUUUCCGGAAGGCCACGCCGUACAGCUUCCCGGGAGGAACGGGCCAGGUCAUCAAUAAGAACAACCGGCGCCUGGCUGAAGUGUGGAUGGAUGAUUUUAAAGAUUUCUUCUACAUCAUAUCACCAGGCGUGAUGCGGGUGGACUACGGAGACGUGUCCUCUCGCAAGGCCCUCCGCGACGCCUUGAAGUGCAAACCGUUCUCGUGGUAUCUAGAGAACAUCUACCCAGACUCCCAGAUCCCGAGAAGAUACUACUCACUUGGUGAAAUACGAAACGUUGAGACCAACCAGUGCGUGGACAACAUGGGGAGGAAGGAGAACGAGAAAGUUGGCUUCUUCAACUGUCACGGCAUGGGCGGCAACCAGGUGUUCUCAUACACGGCGGAUAAAGAAAUUAGGUCGGACGACCUCUGCCUGGACGUGUCCCGCCUCAACGGACCUGUCGUCAUGCUCAAGUGUCACCACAUGAAGGGCAAUCAGAUGUUUGAGUACGAUGCUGAGCGACUCACGCUCCUGCACGUGAACAGCAACCAGUGUUUGGACAUGCCGUCCGAGGAGGACAAGCUGGUGCCCACCCUCAGAGACUGCAACGAGGGGCGCUCCCAGCAGUGGCUGCUCCGCAACAUGACCCUCGGCGCGUGAAGCCCGGCCUCCGCGCCCCCGUCGCCGCGCUGUCAUCAUCCAGACACGCCGCGGCGCCCACUUCCUCCCGCUCCAGAACACGGAGCCCGUCUUCCUCGCUGGGGGCGCCUCCUCUCCUCGCUUGCUACAGGUUGAAGAAUCUGCGCUUUAUGUCGGGGGACCUGCUCAUACCUGAGCCGAGAGGGAUGGACGAAAGGCCUGCGGUGUGAAAUGACCUUUAUUGUUGCUGCAGUGAGUCAUGCUGGAAACACAACUUGUUAUUAAAAGUUUUCAUAUCAGCAUCUCGGUUAUAUUCAUAUGGUGGGAAAGUAGUGCUCCUAAAGUGAGGACGGUGAUGAUCUGAAGUUACUGCAAAGUCAUAUUCAAGACUUUAAUUCAUCACUUAUGAUUCAAGAGGUUUCCCAUGUCAGCGAUUGACAGCUGGCAGCAUCUGCAGAGGCAGCGCGUCUCCAGUGCUACUGUACUGUCUGCACGUCUUACUUUGUAUUCUUUAAAUAUUCAUACAAGGCCUUUUCCUCUCUUUGACGUGUCUGAGUAACGUCGGCUUUGAGCGUUCAGCGAUUCAAGAUUUAAAAACAUGCAUCAUUCAGGAGAAUUCGGUUGCAUAUGGAACGCGUGAGCCACUGUAGCCGGCCGGGCUCCAGUUCCACCGACUCCAUCAGUGAUGGAGCUUCAGCUCCUCUAGUUAAUGGUGGGAAAUAAUGCAGCCACAGGCCUACUUUACACUGUGAACACUUUAAAUAUUGACUAGGAAAAACACAAUAUGAAGAAAUACCAUUUGGGACUAAGCAGUGAACCAGACUGAACUUUGUGAAACUGGGGAUAAGGUUGUUUGUGCCGGCCUCAAUUUUGCACUAGUCAAAUUACCAGUAUCAGUAUGAACAAUUUUAAAGAUUUGCUACGUUUUACUAGCUUGAGAUAUUUACAAUAUAAAUAAAUGAAUCGGUGCACUGGAGACAAAACAGAGAAAUUCAUGUGCAUCUCACAUUUUAUCAGUGAGACGCUAAUACUUUGUUGUUAAGGAGACUAAUGAAGACUAACGUACAACAAUGCUUGUCUACUUUUAAGAAAAUAAUAGGUUCAUGAAACAGGAAUUGGAGCUCUCUGGAUCGGCAAAGUUCAAAGACGGGGAGGAGAAAGUAAUCAAACCUCCUCUGAGCACAUCUGAUUAAUUCUGAUUGAAUGCCACGUUCUCCUCUGAGCAACAAUGACUCUGCUGAAGUCAUCUUACUGCACUGCGUUAUCACCGCUGAGAGUCUCAUCACUUAAGACGCUGCACGAUUCUUUUUUAGUGUCACGAGGAGCUGAAUAGGUACCGGUGCCUUUAGAACUUAGGUUUAAGACGUUUGACUUAUCUGUCGCUGUCUCUUUUCAUUUGACAAAACAUGUACUGAUGUAACAGAAGCCAUAUCUCAUUAAUUUAUCACCAUUGAGUUAAACAUCUCACUACCCAUUAAUAAGCUCAGUAUUCUGUAUAUCAACACGCACUGAGCACAUGUCAGAGGUACUUACGUUGUGUGGGAUCAGGCUGUUAUUGUCUUGCUGUUGCUGUCGUUGUUGCUGUUGUUGCUGUUGUUGUUGUUGUACAUACAGAACCAAUUAUUUUUCUAAGAUAAGCUGUAAAACUUGAACACUCCUCAGAGAGAAAAAAAGGGUUUUGAAUGAUAAACAGAUCGCGAGGUGCUGCAGUGUUUUGUUUGAAGUGGAGGUAAUAAAAGCCAGUGUUUACCUUGGGAGUUGGGAAUCAUCCGCGGUCCCACGAAACCAAUUCUCACAGUACCUAAAGGACGCUAGACGGGCCGACAUGAUGAGGCGACUAAUGGUGAAGCACUAUCGAUGCUGCUUUAAGACUGAAAUCAAUCACCUCCUUUGUUUUACACACACACCCUUUAUUGUUUGCAUUAUCCUAAAAUACAUGGCGUUAAAACAGGAGUGUAAUGUUCUAUUGUACUUGUCUGAUGUUACCUGCUUGUACCUUUUUACCGUUUUUGGCAGAAAUUUUAAAUAAAACGUGGACUGAA